CAUCUUUUCUUAUGUUGUGAAGGAGAGAUUUUUAGGAUAUUUUUGAUGGCUCAGUUCGGCGAAAGACGAGCUGCGGGCCGCUCCAGAUCCACUGCUGCUUUAACCCAGAUGGCUGCUGGUCAGGAGGCUGGGAGACAGUGUGGAGACCACAUUCAGAAAGCACUGUCCACCCCGACCCGGCCGUGGAGUCCAGAGCUGCCUGGCUAUAUCUCUCCUCUGCCUUCUGAGUCGACUCAAAGGAAGAGGAAGAGGCGGAGCUCGGAGGAUGAAGAUCCCUGCACCUCAGACGAGAGACCCGCCAAACGCUCUGCUGAAGAUGCGUAUAUAAAGGGCCCAAUGCUGGGUCAAGGUGGAUUCGGCUCUGUGUUUGCUGGGACCCGCAGCUCUGAUGGAUUGCCAGUGGCCAUCAAGUACGUGACUAAAGACGAGGGGCACGAGGACAUGGAAGUUGUAAGUUCAGUCACAUGUAAGGAAGGUCAGGGUCUGCUGCCGCUGGAGGUCGCGUUGAUGACCCGGGUCAGUUCAGCUCCUGUCUGUCCCAGUGUCCUGAAGCUGCUGGAGUGGUUUGACCAUCCCGGCCGCUACGUCCUGAUCCUGGAACGGCCGGAUCCUUGCCAGGAUCUCCACAGAAUUAUGAGUCACCUGUCUGCAGAUGGUGUCUUAGAGCAGCAGCGGACGAGCGUCCCAGCUUACAGGACAUUGAACAGCAUCCCUGGUUACGCUCCACAGGUGGCCAAUCACAGCACACUCAUCUCAGGUGAGCAGGAGUGCAGGACACAGGAGCAGCAGAGACAGCUGGACACCUGCAGUGAGGACGAGUGGACAGCAGGCGGUGUUCAUGUGUUGUGUAAUGCUGUGCUUCACUCUGGAGUGUGA